CAAGAGCCUUAGAAACAAACACUUCCACGUGAUCUAUUCGCGUCAAAACACGCGCGAGAAGCGUGACGUUCGUCAAUCAAGUUUAACUUGGCAGCCGCUGAAUCAGUCUCUCCAUCCCACAUUGUUCAGCAGCAUCCGCCAGCAUGGCAACAUCUCAAGCACCAACACGCCAGGCCAUCACUUUGAAAGGCUCCACGAAUCUUGUCACAGAGUUUUUCAAAUAUGCAGCCAACACGAUUCUCUUUCAACGUGGAGUGUAUCCGUCGGAUGACUUUCACAUGGUAAAGAAGUACGGGCAAACUGUCCUCGUCACUCAGGACUUGGCACUAGAGAACUACCUUGACAGGAUACUGAAACAAGUCAAUAAAUGGCUCCUUACCGGGUCGGUAACGCAGCUCGUACUUGCGAUUAUAUCGAAGGAUGCCAGACUACCACUUGAGCGAUGGGUGUUCGAUGUUAACCUCGUUGAACAACCAGCUGAUUCUGCCCAACCAACACCUGCAAAGCCUGAAUCAGAGAUCCAAGCCGAGAUUCGCUAUAUCCUCAAACAAAUCGUAUCAACCGUAACCUUCCUCCCAAUUAUCGACACACCGACUGUCUUCAAUAUCCUUGCAUAUACACAUGACUCCGCUGACGUGCCUGCCGAUGAGUGGGUCGACACUGAUCCGCUGGCGAUCGAGGCGAGCAAGAGUCAGCAAGUGAAGUUGCGAAGCUUCAGCACUGAUGUACACCGAAUAGAAGCGUUGGUUGCGUAUCGCUACGAAGGAUAAACCGAUUUAUUUAGACCUUUGUUUUCCCUGUUACAACAAUAAUGGACAAAAAACUAGUCGCUUUCUUAUGGUGAAAUGAUAUGUAAUAGUGAACGCAUGUUUGUGAAGGAAUGUGUGAACAUACGGAAAGAAAAAAAAACUGUCCAACGCCAUGA